AUGAGGUCUGACCCGAGCACCAGAAAAUCCGACGCCCUCUGUGAAUUCCACCAGGAAAGCGGACACAAUACGGAAGAAUGCAUCGCCCUCAGGCAAGAGGUUGUGAACAUGUUGCGGCAAGGACACCUCAAAGAGCUGUUGAGCGAUAAAGAAAGAAACAAUUUCGCCAGAGGUCGUGAACGCCAAGGUCUGCCUAAGCUGCCAUCACUGGCUCGCACCAUCAACAUGUUCAUUGGCGACAACGACAACGCCUCCAUCAACAACGUUAAAUUCACUGCCACUCACAAGCUCAAAAGAUCUAUCACCCAUGAGCGAUAUGACAUACUCGAAGAAAGUAUCAUCUUCGACGAGUCAAAUGCCAACAGUUUGACUUCCCCUCACAACGAUGCUCUCGUCAUUACUUUACGAAUUUUAGAUACUAAUGUAAAACGUAUCAUGGUAGACGAUGGGAGGGGAGCAUGCAUUAUCCAUCCCUGA